AUGGCUCUGUACAACCCCAUCCCCGUCCGGCAGAACUGCUUCACCGUCAACAGAUCGCUCUUUCUCUUCGGGGAAGAGAACAUAGUCAGGAAAUACGCCAAGAAGCUCAUCGACUGGCCAUAUCCUUUCCACCUCCCCUGCCUUCUGCUCCCCCCAACCCCCCUCCUCCCGCUCCCUGGAUUUGCCUCGGUAGCCACCCAGGACACGUGUGUGUGUGGCAUUAGCUGGCAGGCAGUGGCCGGCAGGCUGGGCUCCGGAGAUGGAUGCUCCGACCAGAACCGGAGCCGGCAAGGACCUCCCGCUCCUGCUGGAGGGAGCCCGGGAACCUUCAAGCAAACCAAAGCUCAGCGAGCCCGGACUAUGGCUCUGUACAACCCCAUCCCCGUCCGGCAGAACUGCUUCACCGUCAACAGAUCGCUCUUUCUCUUCGGGGAAGAGAACAUAGUCAGGAAAUACGCCAAGAAGCUCAUUGACUGGCCUCCCUUCGAGUACAUGAUCCUGGCCACCAUCAUUGCCAACUGCAUCGUGCUGGCCCUGGAGCAGCACCUCCCUGAGGAUGACAAGACGCCCAUGUCACGGAGAUUAGAGAAGACAGAGCCCUACUUCAUUGGGAUUUUCUGCUUUGAGGCUGGGAUCAAGAUUGUGGCUCUGGGCUUUGUGUUCCACAAGGGCUCCUACCUGCGCAACGGCUGGAACGUCAUGGACUUCAUCGUGGUCCUCAGUGGCAUCCUGGCCACUGCUGGGACACACUUCAACACCCACGUGGACCUGCGGACGCUGCGGGCUGUGCGGGUGCUCAGACCUCUGAAGCUUGUCUCAGGCAUCCCCAGCCUGCAGAUUGUGCUGAAAUCCAUCAUGAAGGCCAUGGUGCCUCUCCUCCAGAUUGGCUUGCUGCUCUUCUUUGCCAUCCUCAUGUUUGCCAUCAUUGGCCUGGAGUUUUACAGCGGGAAGCUGCACCGAGCCUGCUACACAAACAAUUCAGGUGAGCUGGAGGAGCUGGAGCCCCCCCAUCCCUGCGGGGUGCAGGGUUGCCCCCCGGGCUACGAGUGCCGGGAGUGGAUCGGUCCCAACGACGGGAUCACCCAGUUUGACAACAUCCUCUUUGCUGUGCUGACCGUCUUCCAGUGCAUCACCAUGGAAGGGUGGACCACGGUCCUGUACAACACCAAUGAUGCCUUAGGAGCCACCUGGAACUGGCUGUACUUCAUCCCCCUCAUCAUCAUUGGAUCCUUUUUCGUCCUCAACCUUGUCCUGGGAGUGCUGUCAGGGGAGUUUGCCAAGGAGCGCGAGCGGGUGGAGAACCGCCGGGCCUUCAUGAAGCUGCGGCGCCAGCAGCAGAUCGAGCGGGAGCUCAACGGCUACCGGGCCUGGAUUGACAAAGCGGAGGAAGUCAUGCUGGCUGAAGAGAACAAAAAUUCUGGGACCUCAGCCUUAGAAGUGCUCAGGAGAGCCACCAUCAAAAGGAACCGGACAGACGCCAGUGACGAGCACUGCAUGGACAUCUCCUCCGUGGGUAACCCCUUGAGUCACUCUGGCCUUAAAGGUGCCAGGGUGGAUGGUGCCUCCUACUUGCGGCACAAGGAGCGUCUCCUGCGCAUCUCCGUCCGCCACAUGGUGAAGUCCCAGGUCUUCUACUGGAUCGUCCUGAGCCUGGUGGCUCUCAACACUGCCUGCGUGGCCAUUGUCCAUCACAACCAGCCAGCCUGGCUUACCCACUUCCUCUACUAUGCAGAGUUCCUGUUCCUUGGACUCUUCCUCCUGGAGAUGUCCUUAAAGAUGUACGGGAUGGGGCCGCGCCUUUACUUCCAUUCUUCCUUCAACUGCUUCGACUGUGGGGUCACCGUGGGAAGCAUCUUUGAAGUGGUUUGGGCUAUCUUCAGGCCAGGAACCUCUUUUGGGAUCAGUGUUCUACGAGCCCUUCGUCUCCUGAGAAUAUUUAAAAUAACCAAGUAUUGGGCAUCCCUGAGGAAUUUGGUGGUUUCACUGAUGAGCUCCAUGAAGUCUAUUAUCAGCCUGCUCUUUCUCCUCUUCCUCUUCAUUGUAGUCUUUGCCCUGCUGGGAAUGCAGCUGUUUGGAGGCAGGUUUAACUUCAUCGAUGGGACCCCAUCGGCCAACUUUGACACAUUCCCUGCAGCCAUCAUGACAGUGUUCCAGAUUCUGACUGGUGAGGACUGGAACGAGGUGAUGUACAAUGGGAUCCGCUCGCAGGGAGGCGUGCGCUCAGGGAUGUGGUCCUCCAUCUAUUUCAUUGUCCUCACCUUGUUUGGAAACUAUACUCUGCUGAAUGUGUUCUUGGCCAUUGCAGUGGACAACCUGGCCAACGCUCAGGAGCUCACCAAGGAUGAGCAGGAGGAAGAGGAGGCCUUCAACCAGAAGCAUGCCCUUCAGAAAGCCAAAGAAGUCAGCCCCAUGUCUGCCCCAAACAUGCCAGCUAUCGAAAGAGACAGGCGGAGGAGACACCACAUGUCGAUGUGGGAGCCGCGCAGCAGCCACCUGCGGGAGCGUCGCCGGCGGCACCACAUGUCGGUGUGGGAGCAGAGGACCAGCCAGCUGCGCCGGCACAUGCAGAUGUCCAGCCAGGAGGGCAUCAACAAGGACGAGCCGCCCCUCAUCAACCCCCACGCCAGCAUCUUCCGCAGGAAGAAGCUGGGGGACGGCGUCGCCCUGGAGAAGUGCGCCGAGGAGCAGCAGGGCAGCAAAGGGGAGAGGCCUCUGGCUGAGGGAGCCGAGCAGCCAGCCCCGGGAGCCAACCCCAGCAGCGCAGAGGACAGGAGGAGCCCAUCGCCCAGGCUCAAGAGAGACAAGGAGCCGUGGCACCAGAAAUCGUGCCACGGGAACUGCGAGCCGGGCGAGCAGGAUGGAGCAGGAGGGGGCACCGAGGACAGGGCACGGAUGAGGCAGAGCCAGCGGCGCAGCCGGCACCGCAGGGCACGGGUGGAGGGGAAGGAGCCGGCCAGUGCCCUGGGGAGCCGCUCGGGCAGCCAGGAGAUGGGUUUGGAGGAGACCAGCCCCACAGAGGGGACACAGGAUGGGGACCAGCAUGGGGACACGACCUCAGCAGAGGCGCUGAUUCAGAGGGAGCCGGAGGGAAGCAGGGAGCCCAUCAGGACAAAUGGGGUCCCUGCUGGUGAUGUGGAGCUGGUUGGGACCACCAAGGAGGGGAGCCCCCCCAAGACAGCACCUGAACCCCCCCGGGAUCAGGACUGCAGCAGCCCGGACACCAGCGAGCAGGCACUGCUGGAGGGCAGCCACACUGUCAGCAGGAGUGAGCCCGAGCUCUCCUCCAUCACCCCCAACACUGAGAAGGCCACAGAGAGCACCACCAUCAUGAUCGAUGUCCACGACUCCGCUGUGGUACAGAUUAGCAACAAGACAGACGGGGAAGCCAGCCCCUUGAAGGAGGCCGAGAGCAAAGAGGAUGAGGAAGAGCUGGAGAAGAAGAAAAGGAAGAAGGAGAAAAGCGAGACCGGCAAGGCGAUGGUGCCACACAGCUCCAUGUUCAUCUUCAGCACCACCAACCCGGUGAGGAGGGCUUGCCACUACAUCGUGAACCUGCGCUACUUCGAGAUGUGCAUCCUCCUGGUGAUCGCCGCCAGCAGCAUCGCCCUCGCGGCCGAGGAUCCCGUCCUCACCAACUCGGACCGCAACAAAGUCCUGAGAUAUUUUGAUUACGUCUUCACCGGCGUCUUCACCUUCGAGAUGGUUAUCAAGAUGAUUGAUCAGGGCUUGAUCCUGCAGGAUGGCUCCUACUUCCGAGACCUCUGGAACAUCCUGGAUUUCAUCGUGGUGGUGGGAGCACUAGUGGCUUUUGCCUUGGCGAAUGCUUUGGGGAGCAACAAGGGCCGGGAUAUCAAGACCAUCAAGUCUCUCCGUGUGCUGCGGGUCUUGAGGCCCCUGAAAACCAUCAAGCGACUGCCCAAGCUGAAGGCCGUCUUUGACUGUGUUGUGACUUCCCUCAAGAACGUCUUCAACAUCCUCAUCGUCUACAAGCUCUUCAUGUUCAUUUUUGCUGUCAUUGCUGUCCAGCUCUUCAAGGGGAAGUUCUUCUACUGCACUGACAGCUCUAAGGACACACAGAAGGACUGCAUAGGGAACUACGUGGACCACGAGAAGAACAAGAUGGAGGUGAAGUGCCGGGAAUGGAAACGCCACGAGUUUCACUACGACAAUAUCAUCUGGGCUUUGCUCACCCUGUUCACAGUGUCCACUGGAGAGGGCUGGCCCCAGGUGCUGCAGCAUUCAGUGGAUGUGACUGAGGAGGACCGUGGGCCCAGCCGCAGCAACCGCAUGGAGAUGUCGAUUUUUUAUGUUGUCUACUUUGUGGUCUUCCCUUUCUUCUUUGUCAACAUCUUCGUGGCUCUCAUCAUCAUUACGUUCCAAGAGCAAGGAGACAAAAUGAUGGAGGAGUGCAGUCUGGAGAAGAACGAGAGAGCCUGUAUUGACUUUGCCAUCAGUGCCAAGCCCCUCACGCGGUACAUGCCCCAGAACAGACACACCUUCCAGUACCGUGUCUGGCACUUUGUGGUCUCCCCAUCCUUCGAGUACACCAUCAUGGCCAUGAUAGCACUGAACACUGUGGUGCUGAUGAUGAAGUACUACUCAGCUCCAUACACCUAUGAGCUGGCCCUGAAGUACCUGAACAUCGCCUUCACCAUGGUGUUCUCCUUGGAGUGCGUCCUCAAGAUCAUUGCUUUUGGCUUCUUGAACUAUUUCCGGGACACCUGGAACAUCUUUGACUUCAUCACUGUCAUUGGCAGCAUCACAGAGAUUAUCCUGACGGACACCAAGCUGGUGAACACCAGCAGCUUCAACAUGAGCUUCCUGAAGCUUUUCCGGGCUGCUCGGCUCAUCAAGCUCCUGCGCCAGGGUUACACCAUCCGCAUCCUGCUCUGGACCUUCGUGCAGUCCUUCAAGGCUCUCCCCUAUGUCUGCCUCUUGAUUGCCAUGCUUUUCUUCAUCUACGCAAUCAUUGGGAUGCAGGUUUUUGGCAACAUCAAACUCGAUGAGGAAAGCCACAUCAACCGGCACAACAACUUCCGCAGCUUCCUGGGCUCCCUCAUGCUCCUCUUCAGGAGUGCCACGGGAGAGGCGUGGCAGGAGAUCAUGCUGUCCUGCCUGGAGGGCAAAGGCUGCGAGCCCGACACGACUGCCACGUCCGGGCAGAACGAGAACGAGCGCUGCGGCACCGACCUGGCCUAUGUUUACUUCGUCUCCUUCAUUUUCUUCUGCUCUUUCCUGAUGCUCAACCUGUUUGUGGCAGUCAUCAUGGACAAUUUUGAGUACCUGACUCGGGAUUCCUCCAUCCUGGGACCUCACCAUCUAGAUGAGUUUGUCCGGAUCUGGGCAGAGUAUGACAGAGCAGCGUGUGGCCGAAUCCAUUACACUGAGAUGUAUGAAAUGCUGACUCUUAUGUCACCACCGCUAGGCCUCGGCAAGAGAUGUCCUUCCAAAGUGGCCUAUAAGAGACUGGUCCUGAUGAACAUGCCCGUGGCUGAGGACAUGACAGUCCAUUUUACCUCCACCUUGAUGGCACUGAUACGCACGGCCUUGGACAUAAAAAUUGCCAAAGGUGGUGCAGAUUGGCAGCAGUUAGACUCCGAGCUUCAAAAGGAGAUCCUGACUAUUUGGCCUCACCUAUCCCAGAAGAUGCUUGACCUGUUGGUACCCAUGCCAAAAACCUCUGACCUGACUGUUGGCAAAAUAUAUGCAGCCAUGAUGAUCAUGGAUUACUACAAGCAGAGCAAAGCCAAGAAGCAACGGCAGCAGCUGGAGGAGCAGAAAAAUGCCCCCAUGUUCCAGCGCAUGGAGCCCUCCUCCUUGCCACAGGAAAUCAUCUCGAAUGCCAAAGCUCUGCCUUACCUCCAGCAAGACACGCUCUCAGGCCUGAGCAGCCGGAGCGGGUUCCCCUCGCUGAGCCCGCUCUCACCACAGGAGAUCUUCCAGCUGGCGUGCAUGGAUCCCACCCAUGGGCAGUACCAGGAGCACCAGUCUCUGGAGCCAGAGGUUAGGGAGUUUCAAAGAGUGCAGCCCUCUAACCGUGGCAGCUACCUUCCCAUGGACACUCAGGACCACGCUGUCUCUGAGAGGGCCUCCUCCAUGCCUCGUCUCACUGUGGAUCCCCAGGUGGUGACAGACACCAGCUCCAUGCGCCGAUCGUUUUCCACCAUUCGGGACAAGCGGCCCAACAGCUCCUGGCUGGACGAGUUCUCCAUGGAGCGCAGCAGCGACAACACCUACAAGUCCCGCCGGCGCAGUUACCACUCCUCGCUCCAGCUCUCUGCCCGGCGCCUCAACGCCGACUCGGGCCACCGGUCCGACGGGCAUCGCUCGGGCGGCAGGGAGCGGGGCCGCUCCAAGGAGCGCAAGCACUUGCUGUCCCCCGACAUCUCCCGCUGCAACUCGGAGGAGAGGAGUCCCCAGGCACAGGAGGAGUCUCCGGAGCGGCGGCGGGGAUCCCAGUCACCCAGCGAGGGCAGGUCACAGACGCCCAACAGGCAGGGCAUGGGCUCCCUGAGCGAAAGCUCCAUCCCCUCCAUCUCGGACACCAGCACGCCCCGGCGAGGCCGCCGCCAGCUCCCGCCAGUGCCCCCCAAGCCACCCUGCCAGAGUGAACUGAUUCCUGAAUCAGAUGCCCUUUUACACAAGGAUCAGACCAUGGUGGCGCCUGGCCCUCUGGAUCUACAAGGAGUUGGUGUCUUCUCUCUACUGGCCUUGCUGCCCAUCACACUGCCCAGAGGCUCCUUGGCUCACAGAGGAUUGAAGGAUGUGCUGUAA